AUGUCCGCAGAGACAGCACCUGCACCAUCCUUUGCUUCGCCCACCUCAUCUCUCCCAGUGGCUCUCAGCAUCGUCCCACCCCGCUCGCUCUUCCCGUGGAGCUGCUGUGCUGAGCAGCCACGGCAAGAGGGGGGCAUCCCCUGGUGCCCCUGGAGCAUCGCCCCCUUCCCGGGCCGGUGUCUGCCCCCCCCCCCCCCCCGGCUUUGCUCCAAACCUGCACGAACACAAACAGGAACACGAACGCGAACACAAACGCGAACGCGAACAGGAACACGAACGCGAACAGGAACUCGAACGCGAAGGAACACGAACACGAACACGAACGUGAACAUGAACAUGAACAUGAACACGAACACGAACACGAACAUGAACACGAACAGGAACACGAACGUGAACACGAACACGAACACACGAACACGAACACGAACACGAACAUGAACAUGAACACGAACACGAACAGGAACGCGAACACGAACAUGAACAGGAACACGAACACGAGCACGAACAGGAACAGGAACACGAACACGAACGCGAACAUGAACAUGGACACGAACACGAACAGGAACGCGAACACGAACACGAACAGGAACGCGAACACGAACACGAACACGAACACGAACGCGAACAUGAACAUGAACACGAACACGAACAGGAACGCAAACACGAACACGAACACGAACACGAACGCGAACAUGA